AUGAUUAACAACUUGUAUCACAAUAGAUUUUAAGUGUCACUGUUGGUGUCUCAGUUUAACUUCCCGUGAAAUAGAAAGUAGAGGACGCGAAAUGGAGAUAUAAGUUCUUUAAGGAGAUAUUUUGUCUGGUCGAUAUACAAUAAGGUGUAGAAUACAUGUACUUUAUAAAUAAAUUACUUGUAUUCAGUAGCUCAUGACUGGAAAUAAUUCAAAUUUCACAAUCAUUGGACUUAAAUGUUGUUUGUGUUAAAGUGUUAAAGUUUCACAAUUGUACAGGUUGUUUGAUCUGCUAGGAACAUCAAGAUGAUAGAAAAAAGAAAACAAAUUUAAAAUGAACUUACUCAUUCCUGAAACUGUUGUUGGCACUGUUGACAGAUGAAACCUCCGGUACUGGAUUCUGCGAGUGUGGCCAUGGCAACCAAGUGUUCCAGUGGUGUUACCAUGAUGACAGAUGACAUGGUUCACAUGAGGUCACAUAGAAGUCAUCGCAGAGCUCAUGCAAAUCAUCGCAAAAGUGCAGUAGAGUUGUUGGAGGCGUCUAAAGGGACAUACGUUAAAAGCACAACAGUCCUCAAUCACAGACAGGAAUUGAAACAUCCAGAAAACCUCUCUGUUGGAAACAGGGAUGUACUGUCAUUGCCAAUAACUGCUGGCAAACAUUCGCCUUCAGAUGAACCUUCAAGUUUAUCCAAGGAGAACGCCAGAAACUUCAAUACAUUAGGGGAAAGGGACAACAGUAGAUCUCCACCGACAUUCCAUAAAGAAAAUCUCCAGCAAACCUCCAGUGGUUCCAGUUCUCCAUUAACUGGGAAGAAAUUGUCUGUGAUAUCUUCAGUUUCAUCAUCUGUUUCUCAAUCUUCUAACUCGCCUUCAGUGGGCAAAAAGUCCUCAUUGACAUCUCAGUCUUCAAAGUCGCCAUCGGUUGGCAACAAGGCUUCUGGGACGUCUCGAACAUCGGAAGUAAAAAUAAACUUUGCUGUGACCAGUUCAGAGACGGAACAUUCUGCUUCCCAAGGGAAGAAGUUGUCUCUGACCUCAGUAACUUCAUCAGUAUCUCAUGCAAGUACAAAGAGUCAUUCCAAGGAUGAAGUGGACAGUUCAGGCUUUAAGACUCCACUGACACCUCCUCCAGUACCCGGCCAUAAACCAGUUGUGCCUCCUAAACCAGGUUCUGCUACCAAGCCUACAACCCCGCCAAAACCUGGGCCCAAACCUGUGAUACAACAGACUCCAGAUAAACCAGUCCCUCCUCCAAGACCUGCUCGGAAAUUUACAAAGAGCAUUACUGCACAAUCGGAAAAUACCACAGACACAUCAGCUAAAACAAUGGCCUCUUCUGAUAAAAAACCUACACCAAAUAUUAAGAAUCAAGCAUCUGACAGUUCGGAGCAGAAGAGAUUCUCAUCUGUAUCAGCAAGUGCUUGUGAUACUCCUUCAAAGGAUCAAAAUGAAAAAUCUGUCCAAUCUAGACAUAGUCUUCAUUCACACACUGAAGGAUUUCUAAAACCACUUAGUGCUACUACCUUGAGUGCUUCCGUAGGAGUACUUGUGGAGAGGCACCGAUCUCCGUUACCAAAACCUCGCAUUGAUAAACAAUUAAAUGAAAUUGAGUUGCCACCAAGGCGACAACUUCAUAGAUCACAGUCAGAUUUAAGUAACUGCAGACAUUCGCGAACAAGUUCCGACUUUUCCGACUUAAGUUCACGCCUUUCUCGGAACAGCACAGAAGUGGAACGAUUUUUCAAUGAAAUGGGACUUGAUAGAUCAGUACUUGAACCUAUGAGAAAGCUAUCUGAAACAAGACAGAAAGACAUUUUGGAUAGUCUUAGUUCAUUCGAUUCUCUAGAAGCUCAUAGUCUGUCAAGUAGACUGUCUAAUGAUCUAGAAAGACUGCCAAUGGAAAGUGAGCAAGACUUAAGUGGGCGAGAUGCUGGAUCGACAUCAGUAGUGGAGAGAAAUGCUCGGAUAAUCAAGUGGCUGUGCAGUGUUAAGAAAGCUCGGACAGUUUUAACAAAACCUGUUAAGAAAAAGUCUGAGGCGUCUUGAAGUGCAAAUAGAUGAUUUGCUAAUUUUACAUUUAUAUCAUUCUGUCAAACAAACGCUUUGUUAAAAGUUUGUUUUUCUUCCUAUGUACACAUACAAGAAUUUUUAUUCGUUAUCUCAUAAAGAAUUGUUGAAUUAAGUUUUUUUUUUACUUUGUAAAUAAAAUUCAUGCACAUGAGCAAAAUUUGCACAAUUACUUAUUUGGUUUGUUGUAAAUACUUCAACAUAAUGUUGUAUUAUGUAAAUGUUUAGGUGCACAUAGAUAAACUACAGAUUUUUAAAUUUGCAAGAGUUCUCUUUGAACAAACAUAGAUUUUGGACUAUACCUGUCUUUCAGCAUGUAUAAAAUGCUUUGGCUUUGAUUUUUGUAAAAAAUAAAAAAAUGAAACUAGUUUUGGUGAUAUAAAAUGUUAAGAUCAAAUGAAAGAAAAUAACAGUUAAUCUUUGUAUAUCUUUUUACAAUCAUCUGUGAUAAUGCUUAAGGUCUCUUACAAUAUAGCAUUUAUUUUGAUGUGCUGCCUUACUUUUGAAUUAAUGACUUGUGCAUUAUUCUUCUUGCAUAAGCGAUUGCAAGCCUCGUGCAAAAUUGUAAUAUUUCCAUUUUAAUUAACUCAUUUUUUUUGCAAAUGAAGUAAAAAAAUCUGAGAAUGAAAUAUUUCCUGUAUAAUGUCUAUACUGGUUUAUAUAAGAGAAUGAUUUUAACUGUUUUGUUGUUUAUUAUAGUUUGUUGUUUAUUAUAGGUCAACAUAAAUGUCAGUAAACUUGAUUUUAUGAAAAAGGCCUAACAUCUAACGGUAUCUAUGCAGAACCCCUCCCCCCACCCCCAAAUCUCCUUGAAAUUAACUUAUUAAGUAAAUGUUUAUGUAAUAAAUAAUCAAGGCUUUCAUGUUUCUUAUUGUCUAAUUUACCUUUACCACAAUUCAAAGUUCAGAUGUACUGGAAUUUAAUCAUAACAAUGUUAGCCGAGUAUCUGAAUGAUGAAACAUGGUAUGUAAGAGGAUAAACAACAAGAAGGCCUUCUUUAUUGCCAUUUUAACAUGCUUAUAAGAAAUAUUUUGAUUAAAAUUAUGCAAAACUUCAUCCGAGUAGUAAUAUACCAGGCAUCAUACAGCAACUUGACAUGUCGUUAUGCUUUUUUACCAGUCUGUGUGACUGUUGUUUAUCAUAGGUUUUAUCAUGGUUGGUUUUUCUUCUUUGUUAAACUGACAGAGAAAUCCAGCCAUGCAAGAAUUAUUGUUUUAACAUGUGUCAGAUAUUUAUUACUAUGUUAACUUUCAAAGGGUUUAGUAACGGUUGUUUUUUUUUUCUUUCAAAAGUCAGCAUUAAAGAUGAAAUGAAAAUCUUUUUGAGCAAACAUUUUAUAAAUAUUUGUCUAGGUGUUCAUAAAUCCUGUUCAUUCACGUACUCACCAUAGUGUUCAUUUAAUUUGUGAAUUCUGAAGUUUUGUUGACAUGUAUAGCUGUUUUUGUCUUAUUCGCACCAUCACGUGUAGAUCAUCUUAGAAAAAUUUUCAUUGUAUAUUUCUAGAUGGUGUUAAUUUCGAAACAUUUUUGUUGUUGUAAAAUUGCAACAUGCACUUUGUUUAAAGCAAUAGCCUCAUUUGAAAUAUUAAAAUCACAUGUUUAAUCCACGAGCCGUCCAUGCAUUUUUAAACCGAAGCAUAUAUGGAUUUUAGAAAUUUUACAUUACGUUUUAAAUGAUUUUAAUUCUAUUUUUUCCCCUCCAGCUUUAUAUUGACUUCUCACUUAUUAUAAUGUUUGAACUGAGCAUAGAAAGGGCCGUUCUAUGCAAAACCAGUACUAAAACCAAAAUAUUUAUGAAGAACAUUCUUUUACCUUUCAAAUAUGAAAAAAUUAUCUUCAUUUUUUCAUGACUUAAAAUGCUUCUAAGUAAGUAUCUGAAAGCAUUAAGAGACGUGACAUCAAGAACACCAUGAAAGCAGUAUGACACUGUCGUGCAUGGCGUGUAUUUUUAAUGACAUUUACGAGACAGUCUUUGCAUAUCACUAACUAAACAGUAUACACUUGAAUACAUGUAUAAUUGAAUUAUGGUGUGUGUUCUGUUCAUGGAGGUCAAGGUAACUAUUACAUGUACUAAAAGUAGAAAUUUGUUUUGGCUCAAUAACUUCAGUAAGGAAUAUGGUUAUUUAGACCAAACAUGGAAUUUAGGAAGCUUGCAUUGUGGCCAUGGUUUUAGAUAUAUUUUGGAAAAAUAUAGAAAAAAUGCUUUUUUAUCAGUAAUUUAGUAAGGAAUGAGUAGCUUUCAAGAGUGAAAGCUUUAUUCCAUUCAGCUGGGAAUACCAAUUCACGGACUUUGCUUGUUAUACAAUAAUUAUAUCAUGUCACUAAUGCAGGUUUACUCGUGGAACGGUCCAUAUGUAAACAUCAGUAAACAAGCAGAUUGAACUUUAGUUAGAUAUUGACAAAUUUCUAUUUUUGAGCAAUAACUUAUGAAACCAAGGCAAUAAGUACUUCCUUCAAUUUACUUCCAAGAUUGGACUCAAAUGCACCAAUCUUCCAACAUUGUAACAAGUUGCCUGCUGAAAAAUAACUUGUAUUUUUAUUUUUUGCAAAAUUUUGAGUCUGGUACUGUUGUACUCUUAUUGAAAUUCUGCAGUUUCUGUCAGAUUUGCACUGUAUUUUUUAUGCCCCCGAAGGGAGGCAUAUAGUUUUUGAACCGUCUGUCUGUCCGCAAUUUUCGUGUCCGAUCCAUAUCUUUGUCAUCCAUGGAUGGAUUUUCAAAUAACAUGGCAUGAAUGUGUACCACAGUAAGACGACGUGUCGCGCUCAAGACCCAGGUCCGUAGCUCAAAGGUCAAGAUCACACUUAGACGUUAAAGGUCAUUUUUCAUGAUAGUUGGGCGUGUCCGGUCCAUAUCUUUGUCAUCCAUGGAUGGAUUUUCAAAUAACUUGGCAUGAAUGUGUACCACAGUAAGACGACGUGUCGCGCGCAAGACCCAGGUCCGUAGCUCAAAGGUCCUAAACUCUAACAUCGGCCAUAACUAUUCAUUCAAAGUGCCAUUGGGGGCAUGUGUCAUCCUAUGGAGACAGCUCUUGUUUUUUAAUGUAAACCACGCCUUUAUUUUUGUUUUGCAAUGGCGAAUAUUGUAUUGAUCAUUUUAUAAUAUUAUUAUAAGCUCACCGUAGACUGAAGUUGUGAAGCAUCUGUGAUCCAUCUGUAAAUAGUUGCCUUGCGGUCAAAUUCAUUUUGAAUCUGGUUCUAUGUGAACUAUUACAUGCUACUUUCUACUUUCUAGAGAAAACGUUGUUUUUAAUGUCCAUAUACAGUUGAAACUUGGUACCAAUAAUUCUAAGGGACCAAUAAUUUUACAUAGAGAUAGCCAGAUUUUAGCUAAACAACAAGAACUUUGGUACACAUGUAUUGUUGUAGCUUCAUGUUGUAUACAAGAAUAUUUCUAUAUUGUGAUAUGUUGAUUUCAUAUAAGAUGGCUAAAACACUAAAACUCUUAAAUAUUUGUUUAUAAAAAAAUAAAAUAAAAUAAACAGUUAGUUGGUAAUAUUUUAAUUUUUGACUUCAAGCAAAACCAUAUGUAGUCAAAUACUUACAUUAAGAAGGAAUGUUGACAGGAAUUUCUUUCAACAUAACCCGAUCUUGUACACAAAGAAGAUACUGAGUUUCAACUGAACUUGUAAAAGAAAGUGCACUUGAUAAAUUAAAGAACCUGUGUUAAUUUUAUAAGGAUUCAAAUUUUUGUCAAAUGGUUGAAGUUUGAGUUUUGAAAUUGUUCUGGAUUAUUAAUUUUUUGUAACAUUUAAGGUAGCAACUAAGGGCUGGUUCUCUAUAUAAAUCAUGAUAAUCAUUUUAAAUUUGGUUGUUGAUUAUAUAAGGCUGUAUUUUAUUUACAGAAAUAUACAUUGUUAGCAAUUAUUAUUCAAAUCAAAAUGGGAUCAUAUUUCAAUGAAAUAUAUAAUAUACAAGU